GAUAUUACCACAGGUUAUUAUUAUUUUACUAUUUAUUUGUAAUUUUGUUUAUUGAAAAUUUAUCGAGCGUAGAAUCAGUAGAUCACUCAUCAAAAGUUCUGCAACACCGAUUUCUGUUGCUGCCUGCAAGUUGACUUUAGAGAUAUUAAAUUAACGACAGUCGAAUCGAUAUCAUCCACAAAAUGACGACUAGUUCGUCUACCUUAGAUGCUAAAAUACGAAAUCAUAUAACCAGGUAUAUACACACUGGGAACGAAAAACCAAUAUAUUACCCUGGUUCAUGGAAUACGCGCCGGUACUUUGAACCUGAUAAUUUACAGGUAAUAGUUGAAGCAAUUGAAAAUGGGCAAGAUGGUUUGGAAGUAAUUGAUAUCAUCUUAAAGGCAUAUAAAGAUGGGUGGUUUACACAUUUUGAAACGAUUGCAUUUGCUUUAGCGAAAUGUCUCAAGUAUGGUAAUGAAAAAUUAAAUGCAUCUGUAUAUAAAGCUGCUGGUGAAAUUUGUAAAACCCCAGAAGAAUUGUUGAUGUUUACUAAAUAUACACGAAUUUUAAAGACUGGUAAUGGUGCAGGUUGGUGUAAACUUAUUAGGAAUUGGUAUACAAGUAAGGAACCAAUGCAUUUAGCCAAGGAAAUUACCAGAGUGAGAUCCAGAUAUGGGCGCUCUCAUAAGAGCUUGUUGCGAAAGUCUCAUGUAAAACUUGAAGCAAAUGAUCAAGCUAGAGAUUUCAUAGUUAAAUAUACGAUAUGCGGUCUGAAGCGGGCCAAAACGAUGUUGCCUCCUAAUGAGAACACCAAGGAAAUAUAUGAAUAUAUUCAAAAAGUAGAGGAUAUGCGCCACUGUGAAGAUCCUGUUGCUGCUGCUGCAGUGGCUCAGGCGAAUAAUUUCAUUUUAGACCAUGUUCCAGGACACCUUAUUACAGCACAAGAGGUCUGGGAUGCAAUUUUACCACAGCUGAGUCUACAUGAACUUCUGUAUAACAUUCAACGCUUGCACAACAUGGGGUUUUUGAAAAGUGAUUCAACGACAUCUGCUAUUCUGUUAUCUCUUCUCAAUAACGAAGAUGUCAUCAAGAAAUCAAAAGUGACACCGCUUGAAGUUUAUAUUACUCUCAACAAUUACAAGCAAAAUUCAAAGCCUUUAAAAUACGAUAAAGCCAAGGUAGCACUGGAAAAGCAAACCAGACGCCGCCAGCGUCAGUUGUAUGAUGACCGCACAAAUACUUGGCAAUGGCGCUCAACAAACAGACACCCCAAAGAACUUAAAAUUUGGGGAAUAGAUCAGCCUGCAAACCAAGAUAUAAUAGCUUCUUUAUUUAACUUGAUUAAUCAAGUGUGGACCAACACGAUCCCAAUAAAGCGGCGCUUUUUGAUAACAGUGGAUAUGAGAAACCAUAUGUUCAAAGGUCGUCAGUUCUGCAAGUCGUAUGUGAUUCCAAAAAAAGGCAAGAAAACAGCUACAAAUACAACACCGAGUGGCGGCGGCGGUGACGCGGAUAAUGUGAAUACGGAACAGAGCAAGAGAAAGUUAUUUGCUGAAUGCUUUUACAACAAAAACGUGAUGCCAGGAUAUGCUGCGAUCAUUGUAGCCCUACAGAUCAUGAAACGCGAGGAGGACGCACAACUUGCAGUGUUUACAGAGGAUGGCAUUCAGAUCAUAACUUCAAUUGACCGCAACUUCACAUCCUUAAGGGAGGCGGAAUUCAUUCUAAGGAAAGCUAACUUGGGCCGUGUCCAACUCGACGCGCCGAUCGAAUGGGCGUCGAGGAUGAAUGAGAACUUCGACGUGUUCAUCAACAUGGUGGAUCGCACCACACGGUACAUGGAACUAGAUAUUACACAGCGAGGUGGACGUGGCCCAGGCGCCCGCUUCGGGCCUCCGCCCCCCGAAGAUUCAGGGCUCCAGGACCAUUGCCCCGUGCGAGCAUUGCAACGCUACAGGAAUAAAACUGGCAACCCAGAUGCUAAACUCAUCGUGAUGUCGCUAGCGUCGCACCGGGUCGGCACUACAGAUGGCACCCACGAGGGAGUACUGGAUAUAGUCGGUAUCGACGAAUACGUCCCGAAAGUUAUAGACGCGUUCGCUUUAGGUCAAUUCUUGUAAAGCUUUAUUAUAAUUUGCUGAAUGUGCGCACUGUACACUCAUAUUCAUCAUAUCUUUAAUUCAGUGAUAAUACUAUAAUUAAUGUGUGUCUAAACAAUUUGUUAUUUUUAAAGUGAUAUCCCUCUCCUCUGGGAUUAAUUAAAUUAAAUUUGUUACCAAAAUUUUUGAACGAUGCUGGUCUCGAACCCGCGACCUCUCGGGUUAUCAACUGUAAAGUAGAUCCUGUAGAUGGAGGCACAACCUGAGAGUUGAACAGGACAUAACAAGAUUUAAGAGCCUUACGUUACUCGAGCGGUUGGCUCAGUUGGAAGUCCGCUCGGAUGCUGUUCGAGUUCCGCAUCGUUCAUAAGUUUUGGUUACAAAUUUAAUUUAAUGUGUGUCUGUUACUCUGCUAUGGCUAAAUACCCUCUGUCGGUGGGAAAACAAAGACUACAUUUUAAUAAGCAUAAUAAAUAGUUAAUAAUUUUGAAGAUACCCCUAAGGAGCGUGAUAUAAAAGAAUUCAUCGCGAAGGAAAUCGUAGAAAAAUGUCUCUUUUUAUAAUAAACCUGUGAUUAUUAGUAUGAAAUACUUAUAAUCACAGUACCUACCAUUUUAGUUACACAUUUUAAACUAUAGACUUCAGUAUUAAACUGUUCAUAGACUAUGCUAACUGAACUGUGUAUUCCACGGUUAAAUACAGUUUGCAUAUCAUUAUGAGGUAAACAACAUCUGAUAUUGCGAAAACUAGUUCCGUUUUAGUAACUUUAAUUAGAUUAAGAUAUUUGUCAAUACUUGUAACGUACGCUGGCUCAGAGACAUGAAAGUGGGUCUUGGCUUAUGACACGCCUCUCUAUCUUGUGCAACCAUAUGCCAGUCAUCAGGCAUUUUGGGGCACAAUACAGUAAUAGAACAGUACUUUUACUUCAUAUUAGAGCGCCCGAAUCGACGCACGCACACAUACACACGAUUAAAACGGCCGCUAAGCAAUCUUGGGAUGACUAAACUAUUGAGUGCCACGCAAUCCUCUGCGCCGCCGAGACUGAUCACUGUUCGAUUAAUUAGCCGUACCGCGCCGUUCGCGUCGUUUAUCUUUUUGUAUGUACCAACCCUAGUGCUCCGCCCAGGGGGUUUAAUCCUAAAAUCGAUAUUCGAUAAAUCGUGGCUUUAGUCGUGUCGAAUCCUACUCUUAGUUACAUCGUAAUCAAUGUCGAAACGAUGAUUGAACGAACGAAACAUUAUUCGAUAUUAUCGGUUCUAACCCUACUCUUAGUUGAAAAUGUCAGAGACGAAUAUUCGAAUUUCACAAAUAAUCAAAGGUCACUUUUACGAUAAUCUCAACGACACCUUCUAGGCUGUCGAUGCUAUUAUCGUUUCAAGUUGUGUAGAUAUAUUUGCCAUACAAAAUACAUACUUAAUAAAUAUUAUUAAAAUAAUGAUAUGUGAUUUACUAUUCAACAGGAUUUUUUUACUACCAAGUCAUUUAAGUCAUUUUGUUGAUUGAUUAUGCGUAGAAAUAAUGCAAAUGGCCGCCUGAGAAAUAGGAAGUUGACGAGAAGGGUUGAGUUACUUUUUCUUACAUUUUAUUAUCCGCAAGUUUUGUAUUAUUUAUUCAGUUUUAAAUUUUCGUAUUAUAUUAAUUACAUAAUUUUUUAAUAUUUACAUUAUGUGUAAAUGAUACCAAAUUGGUGGUGCAGAGUCUGGCGUAGUCCUUAGCGCCUAAAUUAUGUUUUGACUUUUGACACUUAACAGCGACAUAGCACAGAUAAUAUUUAGGUUUGAACAUAUUUCAUUCAGACUAACGUAAAAAAAUCAAAAUAUUAGUCUAUGGCAACGAUAAACGAUAAGGAAAUCAAACAUUUGUUAGAGUAGGACAGUUGCGAUAUAUUCGAAGUAUUAUCGUAUCGUUCGGAAUGAUCGUUGUCGAUUUUGCGAGUAGACCUCCAGACGUAGGUAUAAAUAUCAAGAAGACCGCUGAGUUACGCUACUGUUCUAUUACUUGUACUGUGCUUUAGGCUUAUUAAGUACGUUCUGGAGUUCAUCGGCCCAGCGGUAUUGUGGAAUAGCUGAGGUUCAUAAUUCGCAAAUAUCUAACCGCGUAGUUUGGAAAAGACAUUAUGGACACAUUUUAGAUUUCUCUUCCAUAAUAUCUAAAAACAUUUCUAUAUUCCAGAGUACCGAAAAAAUAUUUAUUUCAGCAAUUAAAUUAGAACGUAGCACAAAUAACUGGAUUGCUUUCAUGUACUUUAUGUUAGAGUCUGUGCGGAAAGAGAACCGUCGUGGCGUAAAAUGGAACUAACAUUAUGAUUUUAAAAUGGAUGAAUUGAAUAUUCAAUAUGAAUUUUGUAUCAAUUCAUUUGACAAAGUGUAGAAAUAUCACGAAUCAUAGUCGCGCUAUAAUGACGUAACAGUGUUGUCAACAUAGCAAAUACGUUAAAAAAACACAGUUGCGCCCUCAAAUUUUAUGACGGUUCUCUUUGCGCACAGACAGUACGCGCGUAAACGCACGUAAGUGAAUGUCAUGGCGGCCGUUUAUGACGUCACGCCUUAGAAUUCAAUGAUAUGAACGGGUAAUAUUCCAUUAAUACUUUUAAAUACAAAAAAUCAAAUUUGCAAGUUCGUUGAAUCUCAAAAACAAAUUAAUCUAAGCACUUGUUGCGUUUUAUAUUCCUCACCUCUGCUAAGUAACUUUUUUAAAUAUAAAACUUAGAAAAGGAAUUUAUUUUAUUCCCCUAUCAUUCAACUGUUCACAAAAUUAGAAUCUUCCUUGAUCAACAGUUCAGCUAUUACAUACUUGAAUUUAUAUUCGGUAGAAUGUAUUGUAUACUUAUUAGUUUUAUACUUGUAUAAAAAAUUAUAUUCAUCGACAAUAUUGUUAGCAUAAGAUUCUAAAGUAUUUCAUUAAAAUUACAAGCUCCGUAGAGCUUUUUUCGGUACAUCCAUUAGUAUGAGUGAGACAGCUAUAUUGGCUAAACCGUUCACUCCUGCCUAUGGUUAUCAUGAGCUUUCACUUUAUUUAUAAUUUACAUUACAACACAGUGUUUCAUUUCAAAAGAAUUUAACAUUAGUUGUACUUUUCCUAUAAUAUCCUGUCAAUUAUUCGUUUUUAUUAAUUUAUUUGCAUUUUGUGAGAGUAAUGGUGAAUUUUUUGUAUUUUAAUUAUUAAGCUACGAAUUAUUAUCAGAAUAUUUUAUUCAUUAAUUAGAACACUAAAAUCAUUGAAAUAACUAAUUUAAUUUCGAAUCAUAUUAGAAUUCAAUUAAAAUGUUAUUCUUUUGAGUGUUCUUCAAGUUUUUAUUAUCAAUAGUAUAAGCUCUAAUAAAAAAAUUAAAUUGUUGCCUAAAUUAUACAACGUGGCGCUAUAAUGGUACAGGUAGAGCUAUCUAAACCUAAUCGUAAAAAAAUAAUUCUAAAAUUUAAAGUAAAUAAUUGAAAUUUUAAAAACAAAAAAAAAAUAUAUUUAGAAAACAAAAUUUUAAUCACCCUUACGUGGUAAGUAAGGUUACCCGGAAGUCGCCUACGCCGCUACUAGAUUUAUUACAGGUUGUACCGAAAUGAUAUUAUGGAAAACUGAUUUUAUUAUGAUUACGCAUUAGUAGUUCUACCUGUGUCAUUAUUAAAUGACGGUAGCGCCAAAAAUCGUUGAGUAAGUUGUAUUUUUGAACGAUGAUAUUUUGGAUUUUUUUAUAUGAAUUUGUGUCGGUGGAUUACCAAAAACCCUGCAUAAUUUGAUGUUGUUGUAAGCUUCGUGUUUGUAGAGAAUAUAUAAUUAAAAAAUA